UCAUUGAACAUUGGUGAUCUGUCAACAGCUCCUAAUCACUUUUGUGCCCCCUUUCUGGACAGCUACAGAUUCUUCCUUUUUGGUUGUUUGGCUACUGGCACUAGCAGAACCCACCAUGUUGGAGUGGCAAGCGGUCAAACGACAAGGCCUCGUGGCAACCAGGGAAGCCCGUCUACUCAUGCUUUUGCUGGCAUUGAUGGGUGUGCAGGAGAUCCAGGCAACCAGAGCCUGUGGACAGCCUCCUGUGAGUCUCAACCGGAUUGUGAAGGGACAGGACACAGUGCCUGGGGAGUUCCCCUGGCAGAUCAGCUUACAGCUGAACAAAAGGCAUUUGUGCGGAGGGUCUCUCAUCUCAGAUGACUGGGUGAUAACUGCAGCACACUGUUUCUAUCAGUUCAGGGAUCUCUCCCAGUACCAGGUCCUCCUGGGAGUCAACCAGCUAUCCAAUCCUGGUCCCCAAGCAUGCUGCUUGGGAGUGAAGCAGGUCAUCGUAAACCCCACUUAUGCAGGACUGAUGAGCAGUGGGGACAUCGCCCUUGUGCAACUGUCCAGGAAGGUCCACUAUUCAGACUUGAUCCUACCCAUUUGUCUUCCUGAUGCCUCUGUGAAGUUUCCCCCGGGCAAAUUGUGCUGGGUCACCGGCUGGGGCAACCUGAAUCAUUCAGUCGACCUUCCCUCCCCACAAACCCUCCAGAAGUUACAGGUGCCCAUUAUUGACUCCAAGACGUGCAGUGACCUCUACCACACCAACACGCAGGAUGGCCUAACCCCACGGGUGAUCAAAGAUGAUAUGAUCUGUGCUGGCUUUGCAGAGGGCAGGAAAGAUGCAUGCAAGGGUGAUUCCGGAGGUCCCAUGGUGUGUCUGGUUGGCCAGUCAUGGGUCUUGGCUGGCAUCGUUAGCUGGGGUGAAGGAUGUGCCAUUGAGAACCGCCCUGGUGUGUACAGUCAGCUCACAUACUACCAAAAGUGGAUCCACAGCCAUAUCCCAGGCAUCCAAUUUGUCAAAGACCCAAAUAGCAACGGAUCACGUGGGUGGCGGCGAGACACCAAUGGCCAAAAGCAUCCUGGGGUUCUCUUGUCUGGCCAUGCCUCCUCUCUCACUGCCAGCCUUUUGAUGUUCUUACUGUGUCUACUGAUUCUCAUGUAACCAGGACAAGAGACAGUGGAUUUUCCCCCCCUUAACAACCAUCAGGCUUCUCGUUGACCUUUCUGACUCUAAGGGUUUUUUUUUCUUUUUUACCCCCAGAGAGGCUUCAGCAUUAGGUGUACUAAGUAACAUGGCUUUUAUUAUCUCCUUCAUAAAAAGGGGAAUUGGGGAAGGAUCGUUCAUUUUCUUUAUUGUUGGAAAUUUUUGUUAGAACAAUUUUUAUCUCUUAUGUGAGAGACAUUUCAAGUACUUGUGUGCAAGACAAGCAGAACAGUGAAAACAACUCAUGCUCUUCAAAGACUGGUUUUAAAUUAGGUAGAAAUGAUGAUUUUAUUUUUAUAUUUGGGUGUGUGGUCAGUGAGGAUUUUUGCUGGUCAUUUCUUACUUAACAGUUCAAAAUUUGGUGAAUAUUCCCUAACAUAUCAGUUUUCUGUAUGCAAGAUAUCUUCUCAUAUUUACAAUCAGAGUGAUCUCCUCUCCUCUCCCUGACACACAUACAGAUUAUAACUACAUUUCAUCCUGGUUUAAAGUUUUCAAAUAUAAGUCCGGAAACUGGAUUUAAAAUAUGGAAACUCUAGAGGUUCCUCCUCCAAUCUGAGCCUGUAUUUCAACUGUUUGGUUUAAAUGAAAUAGAACAGUUUAAUAGUUCUAUUUCUUAGUGGAGUGUGUAUUUUGCAAAGGGGAAUGAGAAUUAACCAGCCCACUUUCCCCUCAUACAGACUAGUUGAAUAAAAGCAACAGAGGCAGUCUUCUUUGGUAAAAAGUAUUAAGAAUGUUCAGGAAACAUAGGCCACUGGCAUAUUUAAGUUUUGCAAUCUUCUCUUUCAUGCCAACCUGUGAUUUAAAUGAUUUCUUGAGUAGUACUGAGGUAUUUUUUUUGUAUGGGUGUGUUGUUUGUCUAGGUCAGUGGUGCAUAUAGAUUUCACGGACAGGCAUUUGGCUUUAUAACUGCAGUGAGGAAUAUUGAUUUCAUUUUUAGCAAGAAAACAAAGCUAAAGAGACACAGCUGGGUCCUGGGAUUAAUCUUUAUGGAUGUCUUGUUCCCUCCCCACCCCCAGCUCUGCACGUAUGUUAUGCUAUGUUGCAUGGACAAUAUUGUUGGCUUGCCACCCCAAUCUCCGAACGGUGAGAGAUCUCCAGGGGUACCUGCGUUUAUCCAGGGUUUGGUUUCCUUGGGAAGAAGGUCAGCAGAGUCUGUGGUGUCUUUAUGAAAUAUGGUUUAUUUAUUUGCACACAUUCCAGCCUGAGCUUAAGAUGGAAGGGUUCAAAGCAUCAGCAGUCCAAUAGAUCUGGCUUUUCCAUUGGGCUUACAGGAGGCAUCCUAAAGCCAUGGUGCAGGGAGUCAGCUUCUCCGCCUGUCUCUGUUUCCCAGCCUUUCCACAGACUCCACUCAUAACUUGAGCCUCUCCUUGGCCUCAGGAAGUGGGGGGGGGGCUCUCCUGAAGAGUUUCAGUAACGGUAGGAUCUCCCUGGCCCAGUUAAUGGGCACUUGAUAGACCCAUUAGCUUGCCUGGCCACUCUAUUAGAUUAACGAAAGAGACUCAUCUGACCAGCAGAAUAGGCUUCUUACCUCCAGGUGCAGGAUUCCAAAUCAGAGGCUGGGACUCAUAGAAAUCAUCUAUCUCAGCCCCCAAACCCAUAACAAUAUUAAUAAUGCAUGUUGGUUCCUUAACUACAUUGAGGGGUAAGGGCCUCAACCCAUGGAGAACUUAAUAAGUAAACAAAAACUGUGUUUGGAGGGAUCAGAAGAAGCUUGUGUUUCUUCUAACACAGGCCUACACAACUGUGAUUCACAAGCUCGACAUGCACUUGUCAGAUACACCCUGAUUUUGCAGCUCCAGGGAGACAGCAUAAAUACAGUGGCCUAUUUCUAUUGGAAGGGCUAUGUUGGCUAAAUCCCUGGCACAGGGAGAGCAGAAGGGGACUUGAAGUUGCCCAUCAACAGUUAGCACCUGAACAGCUGAGGCACACAGGUCACCUGGUCAGUCUUUCCCACCAUGCACUGCAUUCCUAUUUAACCUAAUUACUUAGAAAUUUGCAUCUAUAUAUUUAUUUAUUUACAUACAUAGUUUUGUAUGCUGCUAUUUCAUUUUUUAAAAAACAAAAGAACAGUUUACAACUAAUAAAAAUUGUGUAGUAAAAACCAUUAAAAUACAGUAAAAACAAAGGUCAACUAAAUAUAAAUUAACAUCUGCAAACUAUACUGAAAUCUUUCCCCUCUUUUGUGAUGAUCUAUUUCUCUCUCUCUUUUUUUCAAUGUGUAAGUGACCACCCUAAGUGAAAACAACACUCCUGUUGGGCAUUGACCCACCAUAACUAAGUAGUGGAAUGGCCAUGGGACAGAGGUAGAAUGCAUGUUUUGCACGUGGUAGGGCCCAUGUUCAGUUUCUUGCACCUCCUGAAUCUCUGGAGAGCUGCUCUGUGUUGGUGGCUGCAUUUGCACAUAAAGCUAAGACAUUGUUCGUUUUAACAAACCAUGACUGCUCCUACUAAUAAGCAAAUAAGCCAGUUUAUCCAACGCUUGGUUUUAUUUUCAAUGGCUGGGAUGAGGUCAAACAGAUCACGGUUAAGCAAGGCUGUCAAGUUCAGAUAACACCAAAUCAUACUCAAAACAAGUCAGGGUUCAUAAGCUAAGAACAAACAAUGACUUCACAUUAUGGUUUGUUGCCAGAAAACAAACCAUUGUUAGUCUGCUAGGCUGGGUUCAGAUAUUCAAGUAAACCACACUUUGGCUAAACAAACCAUGACUAUAGCUGCAUACAUAUCAUAUAUUUAAAGUACAUUUAAAGCAUAUGGAUUCCCACAAAGAAUCCUGGGAACUGUAGUUUAACCCUCACAGAGCUACAAUUUCCAGCACCCUUAAUAGUUCCCAAAAUUCUUUGGUGGGAGGCAGGUGUUUAAAUGUCCUUUAAAUUGUAUGCAGUCUUAGUGUUAUGUAUGAACCAAGCCAGAACAAACAAUGCUGAGCUAGAUGGUCCAAUGGCCUAGCUCAGUAGAAGACAGCUCCCUAUCUUGUGAUGAUUGCCUUUGGCUUGGCAAAAUAAAGAACAUAAGAAGAGCCCUAUAGGAUCAAACCCAAAGCCCUCCUGGUCCAGCACUGUGUUUCCCACAGCCAGCCAUAUACUGCUGGAAAACUUGGAAAUAAGAAAUAAAGGCAACAGCCCACUCCCAGUCUUUGCCUUCACACACACACUCUGCCCUCAUGAAUUAAAAAUCACAAGUUGUGUAGGCCUGUUUCAACAGGAGGCUUUAAGAAGUACUGAGAUUUUGUGAAACAACAGCAACAACAAAACCCUCUCUUCCUUUACCCAGACUUUUUUUGGGGGAGUAGGUAUCUGACUGUGCACUAGUGUUAGAAUAUAUGUAGCUCAUUGGCUCUGAUCUAUCACUGUGCACAUUCCCACGUUAACACAUCGUUCUCAUAUUGCAGACUUCCCCUUUCUCUCCAAUGCUGCUCUCACAUGCUAACAAAGUGCAGUGUUCAUGCUGGCAUCCCUGAAUGUGCAAGUGAAGGAACCUCUUGAUUGGGCUGUGUAAUUCUCUAUAUGAUCUACCUCCCUGGCUCUCUUGCAUCUAAUCUACAUCCUCCAGUUUGCUGAUGUCCUGCUCAGUUUCAUCUCAUGUUUUUCUUUGUUGAAAUUUCUUAAACAAGUUUAUUGCCAAUGAAGAUGUGAUAAAGCUUUGUGAGCAUGUUUGAUAAAAGGAAACCUGUGAUAAACAAAUCCAAGGCUUGCAAAACUUGGUAGUACACCUCCUGGUUUUCUGGCAGUGGUGAGCUGAGUGCUGUAGAGAAUAUACAGUGGGUGAAUGCUCCUUGUCCAAAGGACUUCCAAUGAUCUUUAAUUACAAGCAGUUUAAGGGGCGGCACUGGCUAUCAACUUGCUCCUCCUUAGUGUUUAUUUUAUUUAUUUAUUUAUUUAUUUGAUUUAUAUCCCACCCUUUCUCCCAGUAGGAGCCCAGGGUAGCAACCAAAAGCACUAAAAACUAUAAAACAUAAAAACAGACUUUAAAAUAUAUUAAAACAAAACAUCUUUUAAAACAGAUGCAGACUAGGAUAGCGUCUCAACUUAAAAGGCUUGUUGAAAGAGGAAGGUCUUCAGUAGGUGCCAAAAAGAUAACAGAGAUAGCACCUGUCUAAUAUUUAAGGGGAAUGAAUUCCACUACACUAAAGGUCUACUUCCUAUGUUAUGCAGAAUGGACCUCAUGAUAAGAUGGUACCUGCAGGAGGCCCUCACCUGCAGAGUGCAGUGAUCUACUGGGUAUAUAAGGGGUAAGACAGUCUUUCAGGUAUCCUGGUCCCAAGCUGUAUAGGGCUUUGGACACCAAAACUAGAACCUUGAACUUAGCCCGGUAGCUAAUAGGUAGCCAGUGCAAUUCUUUCAGUAGCAGAGUGACAUGUUGGCGAUAACUUACUCCUGUGAGCAGACUUGCUGCCGCAUUUUGCACCAGCUUCCGGACCAACUUCAAGGAUAGCCCCACAUAGAGUGCAUUACAGUUAUCCAGCCUGGAGGUUACCAGUGAAUGGACAACAGUGGUCAGGCUAUCCGUGUCCAGAAACGGCAGUGUUGCCUUUCUACAACUCAGUAUGGAGGAGGAUGGGGACAAAACUAAGAUUAAUUGGCUCUGCGUGUCAUGGGCUCUGGCUCCAUCUACUGUUACUCUCCUUGCCUUCCACCCUAACAGUCCCAGUGGGUACCAGCCACCAUUGUACAACCAUUUUACAACCUCAGCUCUUCUUCAAGGGUAAACUCAGCUUGACACAUCAAGACCUGUAAGAGUUUAGCUGCAAGCCAAAUUGAUACUCUGACUCACCUAAGAGACCAGAGAGGAGCCAUAGUUCAGUGGGAGAGCACCUGCUUGCAUGUAGAAGAUCCCAUGGUUCAUUUCCUGGCAUCUCCAGUUAAAAGGGUCAGGUAAUAGGUGAUGAGAACAACCUCCACCUGAGACAGUGGAAAACUGCUGUAGACAUUACUAGUCUAAACGGACAAAUAGUCAGACCUGACAUAAAGCAGCUUCCUCUGUUCAAGCGCAGCAGAAUGACAGUAACCUCUGCCUCCACUAUAAAGCAUAGCAAUAUUAAAUCAUAAUCUUUUGGGGGGUCUUAAUUACAGUUAGGGAUGCUCUCCAGAUGCAUGCAACUGUCAGUUCACACAGUGUAGAAUCAUGGGCCUGACUUUUACAAAAUAUGAAAAAAUGUGUGCAAUAUGGAUGAAGCCCUUGAAGCCCAGGGGAAGAGCUUGUUUCCACUUCUCGCAGUGUAUAAGAUCUGCCUGAUUUACACAUUCAGCUGAAUGAGGUGGGGAAAGGUGGGAAUGUACUGUGAUGGCUGAAUGGAUUGUACCACUUCACACUACAGGUGAGGAAUACCACAGCUGAAUGCUCCCCCCAAGUAAUAAGCUCUUUGUAUAGCAAAAAUGAAUAUAAUAGGGAAAAAGGUUACCUUGCAGCACUCUGCCUGCUGGGCUAGUUUUCUAUUUGCAGGGAGUUUAUAACAUAGACAACAGUCACACACUUUACCCCCACCCACCCAUACCUGCAACCUGAACUGGAAGGCAUAGCCAAUUCUACCACCUGAGCAUUCUAUCAAGAACCAGUGUGGUGUAGUGGUUAGAGUUUCGGAUGAGGACUUGGGAGACCAGAGUUCAAGUGUCCACUCAGCCAUGGAGCAUGCUGGAUGACCUUGGACCAAUCAGUCUCUCAGCCUACUCAACCUCACAGAGUUGUUGAGAAGAUAAAAUGGAGUGGGAGGAGAUCCAUGUACGCCACCUUGAGCUCCUUGGAGGAAAAGUGGGACAUAAAUAUAAUCAACAAACAAGUGCAUGUGCAUGUGCAGACUCAGGCCUGUGCUGGUCCAAUGUUGUUUGGAUAGAGCACACCUGUUUCAAGAAAGACCUAUAUAACUUGUGAUCCUCCAAGCCACAUACAGUCCACUGGGGAGGGACUGCAGAAAUGGGGGGGGGGAGUUCCUCAAGCACAUGGCAACACCAUGGAUUUAACACGGUGGAGCAUAACUUAGUCAUGCUUCAUUUAGGAUAAUGCAAGAGGGAUUAAAUCCUUUUUAGGACCAAAAAUUAGGGAUCCGACUAUUUCUAGAUUUUUUGUCUUAACAGCUGCAUUAGCCAAUUCUGUCCCCUAAAGGCCAUCUCGACCAUGUUGUAGGGUUGCCCUUAGGCCACUUUAGAGCCGACAUGAUACAAUGGCUGACAGCCAGGAACCCCCCUGCCCCCCAUACAGAGAAAAUGCAACCUUCUCUUUUCCACCAGGAACUCACUGGAUGACUUUGGGCAAGUCACUGUUUCACAGCUUCUGCUCCACCAUCCAUGCCAUGGAUAUAAUGCUGCAGGAGUAUGACUCUAACUUACAGGUCAUUAUGAGGAGAGAAUGAAUGGGAGUUACACACACUAUUCAGUAUGUGUAAGCCAGCCGAGGAUACGAUUUCAUAUCCGGGCCUGGCAACCAAGAGGUCUUCUGUAUCUUUAAAAGUUGUGCAGGGGGGAGGGAGAAUUCCACCUUGUGGUUUUUCCCAUUACAGGAUUGCAAGAACACCUGCACUUGGCAGACUUUCCCUUCUUCUAAAGAUACAGGAUCAGUCACAGGCCAUGAACCUGGCAACCCUACUCUCUCCCCUGUGACAAAAAGCUUCCCUCAGUGCCAGGGAGAAGGAGGAAGGGGGAAUACCUCACCCAGCAUUGUGGUCAUGGCAGCACCUCUCCCUCCUGCCCUCUUCCUCUCAAUAUGACCUAUUUGGCUCUGAGGUGGAUUCCUGAGGGGCCAGCUUCCAAGUCUCAGCUCCGUCCAUAUGCCUCUUGCUUCCCCCAGUGGCUCAGAUUGGCAUCACAGUAUGAGGACAGACCAGUACAAAUAUAUACCUACAUACACACACAGCUCUCCCUAUUAUUCCAACCCUUCAACUCUUACACUGUUUACUCAUUUGUUCAACCCUUUCCCCCCUCUGCCAUCAUGUAUUUAAAUUACCAGCCAAUAAUUAGCCUCAGUUCACCCACCAGCCGCCGUGGUUAAGCAGGGUAAAAACAGCACAGCCACCGCUUUAAAGUGAACAGACACAAAACAAAACAA